AUGAUGGUCCACAACAUCGCCACUAUCAUUGCCCUUGCGGCCCUGGCAGAGCCCGUGCUGGGCGGCAGCAGGGCUUGGGAGGCACCUCUGCGCCAUGAUGUGCACCUCGAUCGCCGCCGCUUCCAAGCCAUCCCCGUCGACGAGGCAGGCUACGCCAUCCGUGACAGCAUGAUGGCAAGCAAUGUCAGCUCUCAUCACAAGCGAUAUUUUUCUGUCAAACCGGGUAGUAGCGAAGAUUCGACCAGACUUUGGCCCGACAAGACCAUCAGCUAUUGCUACGCCACGCAAGAAAGUCGCGAGGCCAUCGAAGAGGGUCUGGAAGCAGCAUUCAACAUGUGGGCUGUCCAGCUUGAAGACGGCUCGUCCGGGCUAAAUCGCCUGGCCUACAAGUACAAGGAAGUCGCAGAGCCGGGCAAGGCCUGCACAGAAAAUAAGCAGCGGGACCGCAUCCUCGUCAUUUCGCACAACAACCUCGGCAUCCACUCCACCACCGUUGCCCGUCCUCCCCUGAACAGUGACAGGCCUGAGUACAAAGGCCCCUCGAUGAGGCUCUCUUCCGUUUCAAAUGUCGGCCAGCUAAACCGCGUGGCCAACUGGGCCCACGAGGUCGGCCACGCUUGGGGUCUCUACCAUGAACAUCAAAACCCAGCCUUCUGGAACUACCCGUACGCUCACACCUCUGAUAUCUUUCAAGGCGAGGUCUUUGGCCAGCAUUUUGAUUGCCAUGCCCUGAAGGACUGGCCAAAAGUUAGGGACCAGAUCCUCAGAAAAUACCCCAAUGACCCAGAGAAGCGCCGAGAGCAGGAGCAUGCCGUUUGCAACGAGCAACAGGCGGCCUCAGAGUACGACUUCUCUGCCCUCGACUGGCUGCCCCUCAAAGGCACCUUCCUCUACACACAGGGAAUCGCCGUCGAGGGUGCCGGCUACGUCGAUGUUGACUGGAAGUCCAUCAUGCUCUACCCGUCUGGAGCCGGUGGGACAGGAACAGCCAGAGAGCCACUCAACCCCGAUGAACCAUCAUCGAUCUAUGACCAGCGCACGCCGGUGCUGCUCCGCAACGACGGCCAGAAGAUCCUCGCCAACGCGAUCCCUUCGCCUAAGGAUAUUGCGGGCAUCAGGCGCCUCUACGAGAAUGUCAAUAUCAAUCACGAGGGCGAGGCAUUUGUUCUGCCCAACGACAAGAAGAGCCCCAAUUUUGGAAAAUUCAUCAAAAGCUUUUUGGGCAAAAAGGACAAGACGUGCGACACUUGA